UGUGUGUGUGUGUGUGUAGUCCGCCUCCUACUCUGAGUGUUUGGAUUCUUGGAUAUGAUGUGGAGAGAUAGACACGAUGCCAAACUUGAUAUAUUGAAUAUUCUUGCACUUUCUGUGAGCUAGAAGAAGAAACGAGCUGUAAUUUGUUCAUUCACUGUAUGCAUACUAAAAUAUUUUGGGCAGAUGUUCAACACCGGGCAAUCAUAAUAAAACUAAGAUAAAUUGUUUUUAUUUCCACUCGAAAGCAACCUGUUUUGUCCGGUGUGUCUGAUUUCCGAGUUGACGACGAGCACCUGAAGGCAGCAUCAUUUCACCCCUGGAGAGAAAUCAACGCAAACGUUUAAUGAAGUUCAACUUAGAAAGCCUAACUCCACAUCUCCGCCUGAACAUACGACUAAACUGCAGUCUGUGACCUCUGACCUCCACCAUGACCGUCGUCACUCAGGUCUUUCCUAAGGGUGAAGCCCCGCCCCCUUCCACCAAACAGGCCCCGCCCCCUUCCACCAAACAGGCCCCGCCCCCUGCCUCCAAGAUGGACGACAUGACCGCCACCUUCCUGCGGGGGGCGCCACAUGUUCUUGGGGUGGUCCAGAUCUUCAUAGGUCUGCUGUGUCUCCUCUUCAGUCUGACCGCUGUCUUCUCCCCGGUCCUGAUCCUCCACGCUCCGCUCUGUGUCGCCGCCAUCUUUGUGGUCUCUGGCUCUCUGGCCGUGGCGGCAGCGAGACGGACCUCGGUGGCACUGGUGCGUGCGUGCGUGGCGUGGAGCGUGCUGAGCGUGGCGGUUGGUCUGGGGGGCGUGGCCUAUCUCUGCUGGCUGCUCGCCGACAGCCCCCCCCCCUCUCGCCACCUCUGUGACCCCGACGCCUUCGAUCCCUCGACCCUACAGCUGCUGAACUGCUACAACCAGCUCAGGGUGCUGGAUGUGAGUGUUUAUGGACCUCUGGGCGCCCUGCUGGUUCUGCUCGUCCUGCAGGUCUGUGUCGUCGUCACCGUCUGCGUGUUCUCCUGCAGAGCUCUCGCACGCCGCCACAGCUCCGCCCCCAUCAUGGUGGAGGUCGGUGACUGCAGCGCUCUGCUGUCCGGCAGCGACGUCUCUCUGCUGGGCAGCGAAGGAGAGGAAGCGUCCACGCUGCCUCCCAAGUCCCCGUGAGAGGGAAAACUACAGUAAUCCUACAGCAGAGAGUACUCGCAUACUGGGACUCGGCCUGUCAUUGUAAUCUGUAAUUGUCUCUCCAGCUGUUUCUCUCUUUCAUCUGUUGUUAACAAUCGUUUUCAUGCUGCGCUGCAUUCUGGGUCGUUUGGGGGCUUCAUCUGCCCAAAGUUGGGAGUUUAAAUGUGGAAUAGAUAAUACUCUAGUGUUAAUUUCAACAAGUGUAAUUGUAGGCUAAGUGUGCACUGUCAGUGUCAAAUCCACACUUUCUCAUUCAACUGUCUACGGGAGCAGCCGUGCAAUGCAUUCUGGGAGCAUCGCGGGGGACUUUGGAGAGGCGGAGCGUUGAGUUUCCCGCUCCUCAUUUGCAUAAAGUUGAAUCCAGCCAACUUUAUGCAAAUGAGGAGCGGCCGGCUCGGCUCGCCGCCUCUCAAAAGCUGAUGGAAAUCUUUUAAACUGACCGUUGUCGAUCUGAAUGCCAUCAUCAAAAUGCCCUCACCAAACCCACCAAACUCCAUGUAAAUAAUCACUACUUUUAACAUCGUAAAACACUCUUCAUUAAAAGUCAACAGAAACCAAAUAUAACUAUUAAAAGCCGUCUUGGUUCAUCUUUCCACUGUUCCAACAAUCACCACUCUGGUUUGGUUGAAAUAAACCCUUAAUUCACCCAUUUACAUGUGGAGAUAUGCUGGCUCUAUACACGCUAAAAGUCCUGA